AUGUCAGAAUGCUGGUUCCACGCAGAAGGGAGCCGGCGGUCGCAUAGCCGAUGCGCUGGCUUCUGGGUCCCAGAAGUAUCGAACCAUGUCUUUCUCGGUGGCCGGCAUGUCCACGUGGUCGCAGGGCAGGACUACGUCGGUGGAAAUCAUAGAUCAGACCUCAGGAAGUGUUACUCUGGAGAAGUACGACCGCCUCAAGACCGUCAUCGACAAUAUCACCAGUGUUCGUCAUGGCAACAUCUAUGCAGAGGAGUACUCCAAAAAGUUCGCAGAUGCCAUCAAGUUCAAUCAGGAGAGCUCGACCAGCAGCUGAAGACUGCCAAGCUCAAGACCUCGUUUCCGACCAACGACAUCGACCUGGCCAGGCAGCUGAAGCAAGUCGCGCGGCUCAUUUCUGCUCGUGUGGAGCGGAAGGCGGAGCGCGACGUUUUCUUUGUCGAAAUUGGUGGCUGGGAUACGCACUCUAGUGUUGCUACCGAGCUCAACGAUCGCUUCGCGGAGUUGAAUUUGGCUCUGACGUCCUUCGUGGCUGAGAUGAAGGCACAGGGGAUCUUCGAUUCGACCACUCUGGUAACUCACUCAGACUUCGCCCGCACGUUGACGCCAAACAGUGGUGAAGGAACGGACCAUGGCUGGGCAGGAAACUACUUUAUGCUCGGAGGAGCUGUCAAAGGUGGCCGCGUGUACAAUGACUUUCCUACAUCAUUCCGGGAGGGUAGCUCUCAGGAUGCAGGAAGGGGGCGGCUGAUUCCCAAAUACCCCUGGGAGAACAUGAUGCUGCCUGUUGCUGAGUGGAUGGGCCUGGAAAGCGCACAAGGCUCUUCCGUGUUUCCCAACCUCGGAGCCUUCAAUUCCACUUUGCUGCUAAGCAGAGCUGCGCUUUUUCAGUGA